AGAGAGAGAGAGAGAGAGAGAGAUUUUAAUUUAUUGAAAUUAAAGAUUAAAGAGUUUAAUAAUGUCGGGUGUGUGUAAACAAGCGUUAAGAUCUUUACAUCCGGGAAUGCAAAAUGCGUUUGUAAUCGGUGUAAUUGUGAACAGUUUCAACAUGAAAACGAUCGAUGCUACACGCACGAGAUAUAAUAACGGAGAUCGAGGCGUGUGGACGUUCACGUUGCGCGACUCGGAAGAAGAUUCGAUAAAUGUAACUGUAUGGGGCAGCGAACAAUUCAUCAGAAGGCUGUCUUCCAAUUUUCGUAUCGGGAACGUAGUGGAAGUGAUUAAUCCAAAGGUGUUGGAGCGUCGUCCGGACGACAGGAGCGAAAUUUUCGUGCCGUCGGUGUCCAGCGCAUGCAGCCUGACGGUGAACGAGGGCAACGCGUUAGUGCAAAUUCAUGACGCACCAACACGCGCAAAAUAUGAACCACUGCUGAUGCUCCCGAUUAAGAAGCUGACCGGGCUGCGAACCCUGAAAUGCAUUUUUGAGAACUUGGAAGCGCUACGCGAUCAAUACGUCGACGUCUUAGUAGUCGUCACUUUCAUCAGCGAUGUUCGAAACGUGAUGACACGUGACGGGAGAAGCAUAAAGUUCCGCACUUUCGAGGCAGUGGAUGGAUCGACGGACAAAGCGGUAUCGUUGAUGCUUUGGGAAAAUGAAUGGAUCGAGAGAGCAGCAUCGUGGGAACCGAAACGCAUCGUGCUCCUCCUUGUGGACGCUCGAGUCGCGUACGACAAUUUUAGGAAAAAGAUCGUUCUAUCUAUAGUUAGAAAAACAAUGAUCACGGAGAAUCCUGAUAUACCGCAAUGCACUGCCAUGAGAAACACCAUAUUGCAAUACUGCAACAACGACAUCAUGUCUGAAAAUUUCGUAACACCAAAUCCUGACACAAUAACAAGCGUAAUGACUAUACAACAGAUCUCGGAAAAGUUGAACAAGAAACCGAAACAAGGAGAGAGGAUUCAGUUCGCUACGAUCCUAAAAGCCUACGUAAUGGAUAUGAAUGUUGAGAGCUUGAGCCCUGCUAUACUAUUGACGAGAUGGUUCGUUUGUUCCCUUUUUUCUCCCCCCUCGAAAGUCAUUGCCGAUAAUCAAGACUCCUGUAUGAAUCUUGAGUGUCCUUCGGGCAAUGGGACUCGCGUGCCUCUAAACGUAAUGAGCCUCAAUUUUAAAGUUAAUCUGAAAGACAACACCGGAUAUCUUAUUGGUUGCCGACUGUUCGGAGACGUUGCCGAGCGCGUACUUGGCUGCACAGCUAAUGAGUUUCAGGCGAUGAUACUCCCUCAACGCACCGAAUUGAAGUGGAGACUAGCGUUGGAGAAGUGCGACGUACGUUUGCACGUACUUGGCCCCACAGCCACAUUUCCGAAUGCUAUAUAUAACAUUCUAUCGAUUUGUCGAAUCCAAGAAGACGAUGAUACCGAAGAUACGGAGGAUAACGAACUGAUCAAUAAUUUUGUCUCGAAUGAUUAUUAAACUGCCUUCUUUACCGACGUUCUUCAAUAUUGUAAAAUAUAAAUAUCAAGAUCAGUAAAAUGUAUAAUUUCAUUGUCUGUAAAUAUUCUUUAUAAUUUGUUUAAACAUGAUUCUUUAUGUUUUUAAAUUGUAACAUGAAACAGUUAGAGGGUUUCUGAAAAAAAGAAUAAAUUGAACUAUUUUAUUUAUGUAUGAUCUUGAUCAGCUGAUUUCGCACAGCUAUCUCCCAAUCAGUCACGUUUAAACACCGCGCGAUAUUUAUAAAACAUCACUGUUGAAGUCUGUCUUGUGUGAAUUAAUUUGUACAUUAAUUUUUUGUAAUUAGCGUGUGUAUAAUUUUCUGUAAUUAUUCUUAUAAUUAUAAAGAAAAUGGAAAUAGAAGAACCAACGAAAGAAAAUGCUGUUGAGGUUAUUAGGGAGAGUAUGAGGGAAUUGGUCCACACAGAAAGGAAGGAAAAUCGUACAAAAACGUUGAAUAAAAACCGUGUGGCUUUAGGAAGCAUUGCGACAAAUACAUCAUUUACAACAGAGUUCGUUGUUGAAAAAGCAAAAGCCCUUAGGAAGAAAGCAUUGUCCAUCGAAGAGUAUGAGAAACUUCAUAAUGCUCUCAUUCAGAGCGAGGAUAAUGUCAACUCUUUCCUUAAAGUGGACAAUAUCUUAUUUUCCCUCGUACGUGACUUGUCUAGCACCAAUUCUGCAUUGCAAUUAUGUGCCGCUUGCUGUUGUUGUAAUAUAGCACUUGGAAAUGCUAAGGCAUGUAUCUCAUUAACGAAAAAUAUUGGACCGUAUCUUGUUACGGAAUUAGACACUUUAAACUAUCCUCUAUUGGAAACUUGUAUAUGGACAAUGGGAAAUCUGAUUUCGGGAAGCAACAAAGCAUUUGAAAUCCUUCAUGCUCAAGGUUGCUUGAAAUACAUUGUAUCUUUGAUACACAAUUGUGAUGAUACAAUUUUACCUUCGGUAGCCUAUACAGCUAUGCAUUAUGUGCAUACUGGUUUUAAAUACACAGAAGAGAACGAGAUGAUUGAACUUGCCAAUGCUGCUAUGAGAAGAAAUCUUUCAUUUGAAAAUCCGUACUUUAUUUGGUUGCUAGCAUUAUUAUCUUCACAAAAAUGCUGUAACACUUAUUUGUACAAUGUAGUACCUUUGAUAGUGGAUGAUUUGUAUCAAAAUACUACAAACAACUUCAUAUGUAUUACAGCGUGCGUAAGAAUAUUGGCUAAUAUUCUUGUGCAGGAGAGAUCUGGACAAUUGGUGAAGUGUUUGUUGGAAAAUCAAAAAUAUCCUCUAUCAGAUUUAGAGACAUUGAUAAACAAACUGCUUUCGUGUCAGUAUAUACACAUCAGGAAAGAAACGCUAUGGUUGAUAGGUAAUCUUUGCAAUCACGAAUCUCCCGAUGUUAAAAAAGCUGUACAAGGCAUCAUCCCUCGACUGUCAUUUUUGAAGCAAGCAAUUUUAUCUACAACCCGGCAGUAUCAGCAAAUACGAUGAAUUUACUUUCGAAUUUGAAUAUCGCGAAUAAAACGUCGUUCUAACCCUAUGGAAGAAUAGUCGAGAAUGUUUUCCGAUACAUCCUCGAUGCAUGGUACUUUCAUCACGUUAAAAUAUAUGCGACCCAUGAUCUGCGCUGUCGGGCUGGUCGUCGCUUUUAAACAAUGAUACAGCGCCUCAUCGCAGACACAGUGUGAUCUGCAAAGGUAAGAACAAAAUUAAUCUCAAUUGCCGUACAGUUUUUAUAUGAAUAUACGAAUAAAGACUUCUUCUUCGUAUUUUCGUACUUGGUAUAUACGGAGUAAUUGGUAAGAUUGUAUCGCGUUUGUUGAGCGCGAAUUUUCACAGGGCAAAGGUCGUGGCUGCGACAACAUCUAGAAAAAUAAAACGCAUUAAACACUUCAACCUUACUCGUUCGAGUAAAAUAACUUUUUAGUGUCACUGAUAAUAAUACGUUUGCACUGACCUAUCAAUUUGAGUUUCACGACCUAAAUCGUGAUAGUUCUCAGCAAUGUCACCAGCACCACACCAUUUUGUACCUACGACAUAGGUCAGAGUAUACUAUAUCAGCAGAUAUGCUAUGUAACACACAAGGAAAAUAAGCAGUAAUCACUUGGAGAACUUACCUGGCAAGAUACCUGAGAGAAGAGACAAUACACUACCAACUCCGUGACUCCCUUUGCUCACCACGUUUGACAUGCCCGUGGCGUCGUGCUGGAUUUUGUCCAGUAAUUCACACUGUUGCAUGAGCUUCGUCAUCUGUUGGAAGGACACCAGCUGGGGCACUGUCGUUGACGACAAGUUACGCAAAAUUUCAGUGGCCUCAUCUUGCUCGCUGAGGACAUCAAUCCAGCGUAUUUUCAUUCAACGCUAAUCUAAAAUUUCGUUCCGAGACACUCACUAUACUUCGAUCAAGUUGCAGUUGUGCAGUUCGUUGUUCGCUCCGAGAUCGACCACCGCCACAGUCUGAUCGUGAUAGUAAACAGCCGUGAUCUCAUUUCUGUCAUACGCGUAGUUCCUCAGAGUGACACCAUUCAGCCCUUUGAACGAAUUUCUGAAGAAAGUUGGCUGUUGAACGCUGCUCGAUAUGAUCGUCACGAUCAAGAAGAAUGUCCAGCCCGAGGAGAUCAUGUCUGUCCUUUAAUCGGCGCUGCACUAAGAAUACUAUCCUGCUCGCGUGAUUUUAUUAAUCACGUCCUUGGGAUUUUCAUGUCGGAAAUUAUGUGACGAACAAAGGAAGGAAAAAUUGAAACGGGGAAACACGUGGUGCAUCGUCAGAUGCAUCAGAAUGCACUUGGGUUAUAAAUGAAAUUGAUUCGCAUUCGCCUUUUUCAAUGACAAAUAUUCCUGCUUUAGUUUUAACUUGUUUGAUCACGGUUAUGCUCUCCCACAGAGGAUGAUCUCACGUGCUCAUCACGGCCGCUGACCGGUCUUCUCCAUCCUUCUCGUUCGUGAGGCUCGCAGUGGUUGCACUCUCGCAGGGAAAAGCAAGGAGCGCUUUAGCUUGAAUUUUUCACACGAAGUACGAAGAGACGGGUAACGAUUCAAGAUAUGCCGCUGUGAACGGCAACGUUUGGCAAAUUUAUAAUGCACGCGAGUAGAGCCGAUCGAUCCCCGAGACGUUCACGUAUAGUUCGACGAGUUUCUGAAGAUCCCGCGAAGAAACGGCUGUGUGCUGGUAGGACGGUGCGUGGCGGGAACCGCUCUCCCCCCACCACGACUUAUCGAUCUAGGGAAUUCGCAGGUAUACACUUUCUGAGGCCCCUCCAUUCUCGUUCCUUUAUCAGUGCGACUGACUAGGCUGUCAGGGUACUCGCUGAUCGACGAGCAACGAUAUGCCUGCUUGGGGGGACCCAGAUUCAGAAAGACUAGGACGAAGAAAGUGGGACAAAGAGUGGAAGAAUUGUCUGGCUACUAAACAUGGUUAAUUUCAACGGAAUGUCUCCUCGACAACAAAGAGUCAAAGUACAGUUUCUCUGAGUACACCUCUCUCUACGCAAACAAAGUGGAUCAACGAAAAUCUAUUUCGCAAACUUAUUUAUUUCUUCUUAAUGGAUUUAUUAUUCACAAUUUAUUAUCCACCGAGUAAUUGUAAUAUAAUAAUAAUUGUACGACCGUGAAAAAGUUAUAAAAAUAACGUGUAAAGAGGAUUAAAAGAGAAUGUUUAUUCUUUGUCGAUGGUACGUUGGUUUCUUUAGUCUCAGUUGAAAAAAAAUUGAACACGAGAUUGAACACUCUAUCUGUUGAUCGUAGCACACGUGGAGAAUACCGAUAGCACGCGAGUAAUUUACGAGAUUCGAAUGGUAAUUGUAGGUGAUGCGCGGUGAUCUGUCGUUAAGAUUGGCUCGACUUCAAUGGCUGCUGCUCGUGUGCAGAAGCGUUUGUCUUGGAAGCCGCGUUCACCGGGUACUGGUUUCCAAUCCGGGUAGUGCUCAGCGUGAUACUAAUAGGCGUAGCGUUCGAAAGUUGCUGCCGAACCGGACAUUGUCGGUAGCCUAGAAAUAAAAAUGUGCGAAUUCGUUGAACAGAAACCAUGACCAGCAGUAUUACGUUGUUAAUUUGACUAUCGUCAAAGCGAACAACAGAUAACACAAAAGGUCGUACAUUAAACUAUAAGGCUGUCAUGAAUAACAAAAAAACAUUGCAAGUAAAUGCACGCAUACUUGGAGUUUUGCCAGAAUUAAUUUUUUUUUUUUUCUUUCACAGCGAGUUUAAAAAUGUAACCAUUUACAGAAUACAUAUAAUACCAUGACAGAAUAAAGUGAACAUUCAUUUUAUCAAACCAUCGUUUAUUAUAAAAGAAAGUUCAGAAAUAAUAUAAAAUACUUUUUAUACAUUUAACUUCUAGUGUUCAAAUUUUUUACUUAUAUGUGGAAUCAAUGAGAUUUUUUAUGAUUGAAUUUCAAGUAUAUCACUCUUAAAUUUUUUUUAUUAAUUGUUGGAUCUGAUAACAGGUUUUAUUUUCUUCUAAUAAAAUAAUAUUAACUAAAGCAAUACUAACAUUCUAUCUUAGUAUCUUUAUAUAUAUAUAUAUUUUUUU